GCCCAACAACAAGCGCUUCAACAACAACAGCAGCGUGACGUGGCUCAAGAACGUCAGCAGAACAAUGAGGAUGUCAACCAAGAUGUCAACCAAGAGCUUGUCCAUGCCUUGCGUGACAUGGAGAACGGGGACCCGCAAAGACUUAUCGAGAGGAUUUACGAUACCCUUCAGGGAGACCAUCAGCUCGCAGAAGAAGACAAUGGAAACGCCCUUGGCGAGCAUGAUCAACACAGCGACAGUGAUGAAGACGAUUCUGAUUUUGUCCCUGUAGAUUCUGACCUUGAAUCUGAUAACUCAGAUGAACCGGAAGAGAUCGAACAGUUUGAAAGAUUUUUGAACCACGAUGAGUUUCAACGUGAUGAUGACGAUGAACAAUUAGACGACGAUCAUUCAGAUGAUGGCCAUUCCGAUGCAGCGGAGGAUGAUGAACUUCCUAGGUUAUUUGAUCGUGUGGUGCGAGGUGCAGCUCAAGUACCAGAUCCACCAUUAGAAAGACCCAACCGUAUCCCUGAGAGAGAGGAAAUACCCCAGUUUGAGGACCUUCUCCAGGAGAGAUUGGGAGCUGUGGAUCCAGGCUUGAGAGUUGAACAAGACAAUAUCGACAAUGAGGCAUUCUUUUUCACACUACCUAUCCCUCUGGUCAUACUCGCUGCUGAUCUAUUCAUCGUCAUAUACCUCUUAUCCGUGUAUUUUGUACCGACGCUGGUGGGCACAUCUUUGGUUCACCUGGUGUUCUUCUUAGCAUCGUUAUUGAAAGGUUCGGUGUAUAAGACCGUGGGGAAGUUUGUUCCACUACCAGAUGAUGAAUCUGUGAUGAACCUUGUCAAGCUCGCCAAGGAUCAUUCACCUAGUCUGCUGAGCAUCGCCUUGAAGAACACUGUUCAACCAGUAUGGAGAGGUUUGCUUGCAAUUCAUAACCAGGACAAACCCUUGACAAAGUUCGAACGUAUUUUGAUCCUAUGUGUCUUCUUCUUAACUUUUGUUUCCGCCAUUCAUAUGACGUUAUCGAGACCAAAGGCAAGGUUCAGAGCAACAGGAAAGCCAAUUGUUGGCAUCGAGAGGAAGACAUAUGUCAUCCUGUUCGGCCUCUUAUCCACCAUCAAGGUGUUUUCGAUAUUUGCUAUUGAACUGUUCUUAUUCCCUACAUUUUGCGGUGGAUUACUGAUCUUUGUCCUAUCACCAAUCUUCCUUGACGAGACAAAGUGGAACUUAUUAUCCUUUUCUUUCACUGAUUAG